AUGGAUGAGGAAACUCUUCGGCGACUUAUAACAGAACACGAUGGUGUUGAAUUCGCACCAACAGCUGAAAUGAUGAUGAUGAAUUCAGCAGCAGCAAAUGAUAAUGAUGCAUCUGAUUUAGAUUUACCAGGCUUUUUAAUUCAGCAACCACGACCACAAGAAACUACAGUUCGCGCCAAUCAACCUGUUGUUACAUCAACAAGAGCGUAUAAAGGUAGUGGUGGUGAUGGUGAUGAUGAUGAUUUAUUGCUUGAGGAUGAAACUUUUCUUGAACGUAUUAUUGCAUUGAGAGAAAUGUUUCCAGAAGCACUUCAAAAUGCUGUUGGAGCAUUAAAUCGUAUGACGAUUGAAGCAACUAAACUUGCUUUUAACAAAGGUCGUACAGCAAGUUGGUGGUUAACUUCAACUAUGUGUGUGCUCGUUUUCCCGAUUCUCAUUCAAAAAGAAUUAUUACAAGUCGCCGAACAAAUCAGUCGUGAACAGCGAUCAAUUCUUCUCGGUCCACAGGCAGCCACAGGUGCGAUUAGUGGUGCUGCUUUCUAA